UGGGGCGGUGAGGUGUGGCCUCCUGCACUGCGCUCAAGGGAAUAAACAGCCAUACACAGAGAGAGACCAUUGUUUACGACCGUUAUCGCAUGUCUUGACAGCAAUGUGAAGUCAAAAUGAAAAGUUUCUGCAACUUUUUGCAACGUUUCUCUAAAGUAUAGUUAUUGGCAGCCCGGAUACAUGGUGUCCUCAUUCGACUAUAAAUAACGCUGUUGGGGUGGGCGCACUAUGAGACCAGUGUGCUGUGGUCCGGAUCACUGAAGCUUUCAUCCGCAAACAGGUGGAUUUUGGACAUUUCGCAAAGGUAUCUGAGAUAUCAGCAUGCCAGUCCCCCCUCCUCCCCCACCGCCUCCUCUGGGUCCCCCUCCACCACCACCACCGCCCAACGCUGCCCUGCCAAAGUGUCCAUCAGAGCCUCCUAAGCUCAAGUCUGGUGGAGGAGGUGGUGGAAGGAAUGCCCUGUUGGCCGACAUCCAGAAAGGAGCCAGACUCAAGAAAGUCACACAGGUCAGCGACCGCAGCGCUCCUGCCGUUGAUAAGCCCACGGCUAGCGCUGGAGAUGUAUCCAGCAGUGUUGGUGCUUCUCAGGGCUCAUCAGGAGGGAUGGCACCCGUAAUACCCUCUUUGGGUGGGCUCUUUGCUGGAGGGUUCCCCACUCUCAGGCCUACAGGACAAAGAGACUUAGCAGGCAAGACUUCAGUGUCCCGAUCGAGCUCCUCAGCCUCCCUGAAGCCUCUGUGGAACCCCCCCACGCCAGCAGACCCCAGCAGCGUGUCUGAGCCUCCCGGGACGGGGGAGCUCCGAGGCUCCGUCCGCCGUCCACCCCCUGCGUCGUCCUCUGCUCCUUCCUCCCCUUCACACAGCAGCAAGCACCUGCCUUUUUUCCCUGCAUCUUCUCCUCCUCCGCCUCCUCCCACCCCACCCUCUGGUCCUCCCCCGCCAUUCCCACCUCAAGCCUUCCAGGACCGGCCGGCCAACAGGCCUCCUCCGCCUCUUCCGUCCACCCUCCCCCCUCCACCACCCAAGGUAGCCGCAGUGCCCUCCCCAGCUAUGCGCUCUCUGCCUCCCUCGUACCCCUGCAACGCCCCCACCCGACGGCCACCUGCUGUGCCCAGAAGUGCAGGUGUGCCUCGGCUGGCUCCUCCUCCAGCCCCCCCGGCCCGAUAUAGUAUGCUUGAAAAUGAGGACAAAAUGGCAGCCUUUAAUUGCACCUUUACUGUAUGUAUACUACCAGCAGAUGAUUUUGAAUCCAAGUUCCAGUUCCACCCCGUAGAGGACUUCCCUCCUCCUGAUGACUUCAAACCUUUCCCUCGGAUCUACCCCAGCAAAGAGAACAGAGGCAACCCCAAACCACCUGGGAUUAGGACACCUCUACGAUGAGUCAAGCCCCCCCCCCACACACACAAGUUAGACCCAAUUUUCAUCCUCCUCCUCAUGACAGCUCAUGACAAUGACAUAACUGCCAUAGGCUUAUUUUGUUGCAGGCUCUGUGUGUGUUGUUUUUGUUGACUGUAUUUUUGUGUGUGAGUCUGUGUGUGUUAAACAGGGUCCCGCCUUAUUCUGACUAUUGACCUCUGACCUAUUCCAGUGUGGAAUGUUUUGAAUGUGUGUGAGGAGGAGGACUCUCCCUACAUGCAGACUCUUUUUCACACACACACGCGCGCACACACAAUCUCACAAACCAGGGACAGUGUUUUCAGCAGCUAUAUAUAACACGACUCUUGACACAGUUUGUAAGCAUUACAGUAUCUAUAUACAGAAUAUUAUAUUUUGAUUUUAUGUCAUGAUCUGUCCCUUCCUAGAGUAGCAUUUUUGAAAGUCUGUAUUUAACUCAGAAAAUUCUUAAACGCACAGAAAGUGAAGCUCUUUUAUGGAUACAAACAGUAGUGAGUAACAACAACUGUACAAGAAGAAGCUCCUAGUACUGUACAAAUGUUUGACAAAACGCUCACACAAUAAUUUAAAUUUCCAAUGUUUGAGCAGGAAAACUCUCUAAAAAUCAUCUGUUUUGGGGAAUUCAAUGACCUAUGUGGUCACCGUAAGCAGGAGAAACAUUAUCUUAAAAUCAAUGUGAAAAACAAUUACAGGUUCGUAAAUCCUUGUACAUACAGGGGUGCUCCACAAUGUUUGUUAUUGUUUUUAUAGGUAAAAUGCAUCCAUGAAAGUGCAGAAGAGACUAUACUGACAUUUUAGAAUGGAAAUGCAUCGGUUUUAAAUUACACUGUUAUGAAUAGAUAACAGGUUUAGUGUUUCCUUUCUUACUGUAUUAACCCAUACUAACACAUGUCAAGACAGUGCCACCUGCUGGUUCAAUGUGUAAAGUAUUCCAAGUUGUGACCACCAAAUAAACCACAGUAUUUUGUUUAUAAAACCUUUAUUUUAUUGAUCACAUUGGUUGUAAAAAUACAAUAAAAUGGCCUUGUCUUGAUGUAAUUGCAUUAAGGAACCCUUCAGCUGUGGAAACUGGGCAGCCUAGAUUCUAGUCGGCACUGUGUGGAGAUUUUCUGGUUUAAGACUUGUGUUUGCAGUAGUUCAAGACAGCCUCCAUCACAUUGUUAAAAA